AAUCGGUUUAUCCGAUGAAAAUUUUUCUCAAUGUAACUUUGUGUCUCUUGCAGCCUUGCGUCGACGACUGUUAGUAGAAUAAUUAUGUCACUAAUUUAGAAGAAUAAAAAUAAUCUAAGAAAGAGAGAGAAUCACAUUAUUCAUACACAUACAUAAAUACAUAGUUGACUUUAGAUCAGAUCACAACAAACAAUAUAAUUCUCUCUGCCUUCAUUUAUAAUAUCGUCCUCAUGGUCGGCAAGAACAAUCAUUUUUUAAAAAUGUUUAAAAAAGAGCAAUUCUGACAUUAAGUCCAACAAUAUUUCCGAAAUUCUUAGAUACUAAAUUCAAUAAAUUUCAGAAACUUUAUCUUGAUGCCACACAUAUGCGUGUAAAGGCGAGCAAAUUAUAUGGAUUGACGUUUAGAGCAGAAAUCUGUUGAUACUUUAAUGAUCACAUAACACCUAAACAUAACGACAGAUCAACAAAUGUAUCAAGUCUGGCGAACAUAUUUUACACAUGUUGGAACAGUUUCGCUUUUGAUGUGGCGCUGGUGGCUGAUUGAUCAGGGUCACAAGCUCUGAACACGGCUUACGCAAUUAGCAUUCGUGAUGAACGAACGCUGGUCACUGUUAUAAACCAAGGGCUCUGUGGACCGUAAGUUGGUCAAGGCCGUACUGGCAAGUGCCAGGUGUCUGCCAGCCAUAAUGUUGGACGAAAAUCGAGCGUGCUCCCGUAGAAGUCGAGAGUCCAUUCCAUCAGCCAUCGAGCAUCGCGGUGCGGCGAUCACGCCUCGAGAGGGCCCCGAUUCCUAUCUCGUUCCUUCGGAACCACGAUGAGAGUCAUGGCUGGCGUUUAUCUUUUAAAAGAACCGAAGAGGGAGAACGCGCAGCGAGAGAUGGAGAGAGCGUGGCAAGGCGAGUCGAGCCACAUGGAUCUAGGUGGGGAGGAGACACCGAUCGUGCAUGCCACCGAGCACAGUUUAAAAGCAACCUUCGUCAUGAUCGCGUCAGCUGGCCUUUAGUUGCUCGACAGCUUCCUCUACGUCUUCGUCCUCUUCGGCACUCGGGAACCAACCGCGCGCGCGACCGAGAGAGACAACCGGUCGUUGACUCCUCUUUCCUCGGAAUGUGGAUCGUUAAAGAUCAAUAAGGUAUGCUACAAGGGCCUGGUGGAGAUGUACAAUGGGAAAAGUUACGGCAAGAUAAUAGAUACAGUGGAUCGUACUCGCGAGUACAAGUGUCUCCCAAUCGAUCAACGCGAUCGGUUGGCGAAUCGGUAAUGAGCGCGGAUCUCGCAUGAGUGCGUAGAAUGCGAGCGAUUGGAUCGUUAUGAAACAGGCGUCGAUCGGCGAUCUGAUGAUGAUGAUGAUGAUGACGAUAACGACAACUACAAUGAUGAUGAUGAUGAUUUAGUGAUCGCGUUGCUCGAAGAUCGUCACGAUGAGCGCCAAGCGACGAGUGUUCGGCGCCCUAGACGGGCUUAUUAAGUGUGACCGUGUGAUCGUAUGCUCGAUGUUCCUGUGGUAUCUCGCGUUCCUACCGUGCAUCGCCGAGGCCAACAAGCCGGGGAUAUGCGCCAUGAACGGCUGCAACUGCACCGUCAAGGCACAUCGUUGGAUUAACGUCAAGUGCGUCUUCUCGAAGGAACAGAAUGUGGAAUUGCUGGAAGGAACCAUCCCGCCGGAAGCGACGGAACUCGAGGUCUCCCAUUGCCGCGAGCUGAGGAUACAGACGGGCGCAUUCGGCGGAGGCGUGCCUCUGAAACGCGUGCACGUUUCGGGAAUUUACAGCGUGGUCGCCAAAAGACAGGCCUUCCAAAAUCUCAGCGCGCCCAACACGCAUCUCGAAGUGUCGGAGUGUAACAGCGUAUUCCUCGAGAGCCACGCCUUCCGGAACAUGCGUGGCACGCUCAGCGUCUCGAUAUCGAGAUGCAAACAUGUGGAGAUAAAGCCAAGCGCAUUUUCGUGGCUCCUCUGGAUCACGAUAAAGGAAGUACCGUCCUUGGAACUCUCCAGCAAUGCCUUCAAGUUUGAGGCGCCUCAACAUGGACGGCACGGACCAGCGACCAAGAUAAUGUUCCAAAACGUGAGGAUCGCGGAGUUACCCAAGGCGGUGUUUCCUUCGGCUGUCGCGGAGAUUCGAAUGGAUGACAUGUCGACAAAAGUAAUACGCAGGGAUGCCUUCUGCGCGAUGACCAUUUUCAACGUGGUCAUCAGCAACGCGUCCAUUCAAGAGAUUCAAUCCGGCGCUUUCAGCGACAGAGCCCUUAUCCAUAGCCUCGAGUUUGUUGACGUGCAACUUAAGAAUAUUAACACGGCGGCCUUCAGAGCUGGUCACGACAAUCUGACAAUACAGUAUUCAAGAUUAUCCGAAGUGGACACGGGUGCCAUCAACACGUCGGCCGCGACCGUCACCUUCAGCAACAACGAGUUCCAGUAUCUACGCCAGGGUUCCAUCGUGCUGCAUCAAUGGAACCAUAUAGCGAUUGACCACAAUCUCUUCAUCGAUCUGGAAAGUGAUGCCAUUAAAGCGGAGGUCAGCGCCACUUCCGCGCCCAAUUUUGAAUUCUCCUUCACGGGCAAUCACAUACACAAGGCUCGGCCAGGAUCGCUCAAGUUUGCAGCGAUCUCGCAGAGCGUCAACUCGGCACGCAUCGGCAACAAUUACUUCAAGGAAAAGUGCAACUGCAACCUUGAAGACUGGGUGCGCGAAGUGACGGAGCGCAACAGUUCCAUCUCAUGGAUGAUGGAUUCCAGCUACUGCAUUGUCGAUCAGUUCCUAGACAGAUGCUUGAACCUGCCCGAGGGCUACAUGGCCAUGCGAAAUUUCACGAAGCUCAUCUGCACGCAGCAAGAUCACGUAAACUGCGAGAAGCCGUCGCCGAAACCGGAGCCGAGUGUCAGUCCACCCAGCGUGGGUCCUCACAUUUACCCAAGGCAGAAGAGCUUCUUCGACCUGGAGAUGAGCGAGUCAGAGCAACUGGAGCGCGAGAAGCGAAUCAUCGUCAUUGUCUGCGUCGUAGCAGUCUUCAUAGUCGUCGUGGCCAUCUUAGCUUCAGGAAUUCUCUACAUGCGUCGUCGUGGUGUGUGCCCCAAACUGACGUCCGGACCACUGAUGAAUCUGGCAAGUUGGUUGUCGUCCAGCAACGGCAUGACCGCCGCCACGUCCGCCAGAUCGAUUUCGAGAUUGAGCGUUCACGAAUAUGCCGGCCUUCAACCGGAAACCAGAAUCCUGCAGGUGGAACCUCAAGAAGUGGAAGCCAUGGAGGAUUAUGACAAUGAUGGUGAUAUUUAUCCGUACACUGAGAACAAAGCCACGCAAACAUUACCAGAAGAGCUGACGGAAGAGUACCUGAGAGACCUUCGGGAUCGGCUGAACGAUCCCGACAAUUACAGCCAGGCGAGGGACAUGAUCGAGCAUCUGUACGAUCUGAUCAAGGUGGAGGAGAGCUGUAACAACAACAAUGACCGACAACCAACGGGCGAUCGAGAAGAGAACGCUUACGAUGUGAUCCUGCCAAGAAUUAGGAGAACUCGCGGUGCGCCGAGACCGUCCAUUAACGUCGGCACCAAAGCGCCAUCCCUGGAGAAGCUGCUGCCAAGCGGAAUACAGAUCAGACCGCUUAUUACCGAGUACGCACAGCCCCGCGACCAGCGAACCAGCGAUCAGAAUCACCUGUAUGCCGAAUUACCGGGCGAUGAGACAGUACCCAGCACCAGCAGAUUGUCACAGCCGAUUCUGGAGAGCUUGAUCGGAAGGGCGCCGCAGCCGUUGCCGCCGGAUGUAGUGAACGAUCAUCUCGUCGGCAACGAUCGUCCUCCGAGAAACUUUGGAUACGGCGCAGAUGAUCAUGGUCCACCGCAGAGUCCGAAGCUGGACCAAUCUUGCAAGGCUCAAUCUCACGCUAAGCCGAUGAACUUCCUGAAGGCUCUAGGUGAGAGUAUCCUGGGCGCGACCAAUAAGAACAAUAAGAGGCCAAACUCACUGUUGUGCGAGUACGCUGAACCAUCCGAUGCGACUGCUCAUCUCUACUCAGAACUGCCGGAACCCCAACAGACAUCUGCGUCCACGAGCAAGAUGGCUAAUAGGCCACUGCCCACGAAACCUGAUCAGGAUUCCGUCGCCGCGAGUGCGGCCAAGGCGUAGCGACGCCCAUUAUCUGUGAUAUAAGUGUUUUACGUGUCGUGAGCGAAGUGUCUUUUCAUUUCACCGACUACAUGAAGAAAGUGUUCGCGCACACGUGCACGUUGCUGUGUCGCUGAAGCGGUUGCGUAAGGCAGUUCGCGCCAGCCGAGAACGAGUCACGUGGAGUCUCCCGAUUGAGAGAUCGUGUCUGUGCCACAAUAGCGGAGGAAAUACGUCGGAAAUUAGUGCAAUUCACCCGUACACAAGGCUCGGAAGGCAAGGCAUUUAGCCUGAAAAGCCAGGUGUACGCGUCGGAAACGAAGUGUCUUUACUUUUGAGCUGUGCGUGUAUGAAUAAGCUCGUGUUGGAACAAUCACGCACUGCCAGUUAUAUUCGAAUCAGUUCGUUCCCGUGAAAGGAGAGAACAAGUUGCAUUUAAAUCGACCAAAGCCACGCUUACGCGAAAGUACUGCGACAAGUGUGCCAAAAUUAGUGCAUUUCAUGCGUAUAUUCGUGCCCAUAACGCAAUAAAGUUCGAUAAACCUACGGUAUCACGUAAGUCCGAUUAGUGCGUCGUCGAGAAACAUCGCGAGAAAAAUCGAAGGAUUUAUUUAUGACUGUCUGCGAAAAGAUGGAUGUAACAUAAAUUUAUAUAUAUUUGCUCUUCGUCAGGUAUUAUUAAAUAAGUAUUUUAUAUCUGA